AUGCAAUUAUUUUGUAAUCGUGAAAAAAAUGAAUUUUUCGAAUUUUCUGGGGUUAAGAAUCUCAUUGGCGAAGACUCGGUGUUUUCCAUAUCUCGUGGAACUUGCGUCUCUUUCGUGGAACUAUUUCAUGUUCUGGUCCCGAAACUCGAGUUGAAUCAAAAUGUAUGCCAUUCAGUCACGCAGACAUUUAGUAAUAUUCUUUUUUUUUUCGUCGCAUGUUCGUGGGGAAUGACGUGGGAGUUGUUGGGAGAGUUCGACACUGAACUUUACGCGGAUGUCGUUGCGUGGUGUCCGAGUAAUGCGGAUUCCGAAGUGUUGGUUUGCGGAACUUACCAAUUGUGCGAGAACGUCGGCGAAGAUGUCGGUUUACGGAAAGGUGGACUAAUCUGCUUGAGACGGGAUGUGGAUGGGAAAGGAAUUCGUGCUACUGCUAGGGUAGAGGACGUUCCUGGAAUUCUGCACUUCACGUGGAUUCCGUCUACAUGUGAUCAGGUGUUGUGUACCGCGGAUGCCGAAGGAGACGUACUUCUUUAUCGGCUCAAUAGCAAAGAUGGCAGUGAUUCUUUUGAAAAGGUGACGAAGUCGUCAGCAAAAGUCGACGGUUUGGCACUCUAUGUGGAUGCGACACGAGACUGCAAACUGGUCGUUUCCACGAGCAAAGGAGCAGUAACUACUUACGACUCGCUUGGGGGAAGUCUCGAAGAAACUGCGUCUUUCGGUGCUCAUGAGUACGAAGCCUGGAUCGCUCAUUGGGACGUAAAUUCCGAAAGUAUUAUCUAUUCUGGUGGAGACGAUUGCGUUUUGCGUUGCUUCGACGUGAGAAGCAGUCCAAAAAGUGCGAGCGACGCAGUGGCAACGGUAAAACGAGCUCAAGGCGGAGUAACAGCAAUUGCCACUCAUCCUGACUAUGAGAACUUAGUUCUCUGUGGAAGCUACGAUGAGAAGAUGUAUAUUUUUGACAAACGUUCGUGGCGGCGAGAAGUAGACGCCUUGUCAUGCGAUGGCGGCGUUUGGAGAAUCCGUUGGCAUCCCGGAAGAAAAGAUCUCAUCGGUAUUGCUGCGAUGCACGGCGGAUUCUGCGUCGUUGAUGUUAAAUCCGCUGAGUGCAUGAAGUUGGUGGAUCGGUAUUCCACGCACAAAAGCUUGGCUUACGGGAUAGACUGGAGACCGAGCAGCAAACCGGACCAUUUCGAAUUGGCCACGUUACCGUGCUAUCCUACGAUGGAGCACCACAUUGCUCCGGGGAUUCCGGUGAGCGUUCCUCAAACUCCACCCACCCUUCAUCACGUUGCCGCGCAGCAAGCGCAACAGCCGCCUCCUGUUCCACAUUUGAUGCACCAUCACCACAACGUUGCCGCGCAGCAACCGUCCGAAGAACAUCAUGCUGCCGUACAAACUCAUCACCAGCACCAGCCAUUGCACCAUCAAUCGCAUCAUUCCGGUCAUCGCGGGCGGGCCGGUCAGCAGCAUUUUUGUCUGCGAUGGAACAAUUUCCAGAUGAACAUCACAUCUGUUUUCGAACAUCUUCUCAGAAGCGAAACUUUUGUUGAUGUUACGCUUGCUUGCGAUGGGUCCCAAAUCAAAGCGCACAAGAUGGUUUUAUCUGCCUGCUCACCGUAUUUUCAGCAGCUGUUAUCUCAAAAUCCUUGCAAGCACCCCAUCAUUAUUCUCCCAGCCGAGGUUCGCAUGUCAGAAAUGAAGUCGAUCAUUGAAUUCGUUUACCGCGGAGAGAUUGAUGUAGCUCAGGAACAGCUUCCUGAUCUUCUUAAAGUCGCAGAUGCGUUACAGAUCAAGGGUCUCUGUGAGGUAACUGAGAAAGGCGGUGUAACUGCUGCACGUGGUCGCAACAGGCACCUACAUUCGUAUCGUCCAGCCCUACGGCACAGUCGACUGAGCCAUCCUUUCAAGUAUCGAAGAAGACAUCUAGAAAAUCUGACGAGACGGAAUUUCGGUCGUGGAGGCGGGAGGGGAGUUGGUAAUGGUCCGAACAGGGUAGCUGGAAUGUCCGGUGGUGUUGGUCUUUCGGCUGUGAAAACCGAAGGAAACGACGAACACAUUGUGAAGCGCGAAAACGUGAUAAUGCAUCCGUCGCCUGGGGGAGUCAUGAAUUCAUCGGCUCAGCAUCACCAGCAGCUCGGACAUCACCAGACGUCCGAAGGCCAAGAGAAUCAGUAUUUUGUGCUUAAACCUGUAGGACAGCACGGGAUGCAGCCUCAGUCCCAGGGAAUCGACAUGCUUUCUCCAGGCAUGCCUAUGCAGCAACCAGGAGACAACAUGGUCAUGAUGAUGCCUCAAGAAGGCGAGCAUCCUGACUAUGGGCAGCAUCAGCAUCAAUACCAACAGCAACAGAAUGCUGAGAGUGAUUCCUCACAGUUUGCAGUGGGACCUGAACUCUUGGGUCUUGUUUCAACCUCUGGAGAGUGUGUCAUGGGGAGUCCAAGCCCUGGACAACAUCAGACGUCCGCGGCUUCCAUGAAGAAUUGGACGGAACAGGAUCUAGAGCAAGCUUUGGAUGCCCUGAGGCAGAAGACUAUGUCUUUGACGAGGGCCUCGGCACACUUCGGUAUACCUUCGACGACGCUUUGGCAACGGGCUCAUCGAGCUGGGGUUGACAUCCCGAGACAUAUGAGCCCCAUGAAAACAUGGACUGAUGAUGAUCUGCGUUCAGCAUUGGAAGCUAUGCGGGCAGGGACAUUAUCGGCUCACCGAGCUUCGAAGGAAUACAAUAUUCCCUCAUCCACGCUCUACAAAAUUGCCAAAAAAGAAGGCAUCAAAUUGGCGCAGCCGUUCAACUCCACGCCGCCGUCGUGGUCAAGAGAUGAUCUUCGCCGUGCGUUUGAUGCCAUUAAAAGCGGAAUGAGUGUAACCAAGGCUUCCACCGAGUUCGGAAUCCCGUCUGGGACGUUGUAUGGGAAAUGUCGCAGAGAAGGGAUUGAGUUGCGGGGCAGCAAAGAGUCUGCAAACUGGAGUGAGGAAGACUUGGUCGAGGCACUCGAAGCUGUCCGUGUUGGCGAGAUGUCCAUCAACCAAGCCAGUCUUCACUUCAGUGUACCUUAUUCUACGCUUUACAACAGGUUUCGCAAGUGUGCGAUGGCUGAGGAGGAGGAGGACGAACAGCAUAAAAAUUCUAGUUCGGAGCAAGAUCCGAACCGAGUUGGGAUCGUUGUAGGUCCAAAUGGAAGAGUAGAUCCGUCCUCGGACCCUUCCCAGGUGGUAGACGUGUCUGCGAGCGCUGGAAGUCAGCAGGGUAUGGAUGAUAUGGAUAUGAGCCAGUCAGGUGAGGAAGCCCGUCGCGACUCUCGAAACUCGCCGGCGGACAUGCAGCAACAGCAGCAGCAGCACUACACGCCGGACGCGUACCAACAUCACCACGGGCAACCAGCAAACGACAGCGGGCAAAUCCCUCUGACCCCAGUGCCGCAGAGCUGAACUCGCCCCCCAUCUGCUCCCCCCCACCCCCUGCCGAUCUGUGAUGGACGCCCCCCACAGGGACAGAAGUUACGCACGUCCGCCUUCACCACUUAUAUGCAUAUACAUAAUUAUAUAGGAAUAUAUUUUUCCCUUAGGGAGGAAGAACUAUUGGACCUGUGGUUGUACUUAAAAACGGGGGCGAGGAGGAGAAACUCACCGCCUUUUUUUAACUGACCCGGGCUUGAAUCGGUACAAUUAACGGUAUGUUAUUUAUUUCGCGGUCAACCGGAUGUUGUUGUUUCCUUGGAAGACGUUUUUGAGUCGGCUCACCUGGAUUUGGUUUCAGUAAUGAUGCGCGGAACAACUCGCUCCGUUGAAUUGCGAUUCCCCAGGGCUCCGUAUUUUUUUUUCCCCCGUGUCUUGCGGAGUCGCUGUGUAAAAUCAAUGGAACUCAUUCAGGUCUGAUGACCGCUUUGUGUAAAAUCGAACUCGUUCAGGUCUGAUGACCACUUUGUGUCUGCUUAUAUAACCUUUGGAAUUGACGCGUUGUCUGUUCAGUUCGCGGAAGAAAAGAAAAAGACAUUGGUGCUGUUUUAGUGCGUGGCCGACCCAAAUUUAUUCAUGAAUCAGCACGUGGUUAAUGCGUUGCAUCAUGGCCAAAUCUUGAUGGCUUUUUCAUGGAAUAAAACAAAGUCGAGAGUUAAUUAAAAGUAUUUUGUUCGUUGCUAAAUACUGUGCAUUUAUAGGAUUGUGGAAAUUUUUUUUUUUUUCGAAAAAAUGGGCUCAAAAGUCAAAACCGGAAUGCUGUCUAUGUUCAAGAUACUCAACUAGAGGCCAAUUUCCUUCAAUCGUUUUUGUAAUAGUCCACCGAAAUUAGGAUGCGGCCUAUGUUCAAGCGUGGCCUAAAUUUCUCUAAGGCAUUUCUAAGAGUGAAGGUUAUGGACUGUAGAAAUUAAAUUCAGCUAUUAAAAAGUUUGAGUUUCUGUUUCACUGUGAGAAGUUACAAUAAUUUUGCCGCAAUCGAUUUUUGGCAGAAUCGAUGCGCUUCGUAUCGCUUCAGAUCAUCCAUAAUUAUAGGCCACAUCCGGAUUCUGAAUAUAAAUGUCGGGGGGGG